AUGCUCACCAGUCUUCUCCCAGAGCAUAUCGUCAGUAAAACGGUGGGAAGAACCGUCCCAAAAACACUGUCGGCCUUCCAAGCUACCGUUGAAGACCUCCGUACGGCCCUUUCACGUGAAUAUGGUGGUUUCAUCGAGGUGGAGAAACUCCUCACUGAGACACUUACUCGAGGGGCCAAUGAGAGCCUCACUGACUUCAUCGCUCGCAUUGACAACUGGAAAGAUCGUUGCUCGACAGCUGGGUCGCCAGUGCCAGACGCCACUCUCAUCCAAGUCUAUCGGUCGGGAGUGUCCCACGGCCCUUCGAGGGAGGCCAGUUAUGAGUACCCUUGUCGUUGGACGGACUUCCGACUCCGUGCGCUGACAAGAGCGGCAAGGGUCGAUGGCGAGAAGUGUCAGAAGCCCGACACUUCAUCUCAGGAGCAAGCUAAAUCCAAGACUGCCCCAACGCCUUCCUCUAGUCAAAGGCCACCCAACGACAAAAAAGGAGAAGUCUGCCGAAAUAAUCUCCGAGGGCGAUGUCUGAAGGGUGACAAGUGCCCUUAUAAGCACAUUGACCGUGAAUCAUGUCGAAUGUGGGAAGAGAAGGGGCAAUGUCGGUUCGGCGAGUCCUGUAAGUUCAAGCACAGCAAGCCUUCACCGCGAGCGGGGGCCAGCACCGGCGAGAAGCCAUCUGCUGGCGGGCGUCAGCGUGAUCAGUUGAAGGCCAUUUCCAACGAUGGGGACUCGGGUCAGCACGACGUCGACAUCGCAGAGGAAGAGAUCCAGCGAAUCUGGGCCAUGACCGAGCACGUCGAGGACAUUGGGUCCAAUCAUCGGCCGAGCGGUCCACUCCUCACUUUACGGUUCCCCGACGACUCUCCUCCACUACGUGUGCUUCUAGACAGUGGCGCCGUGCGGAACUACAUCACCGUAGAGGAGGUGGAGUCUCGGCCCGAGACUCUCGGGGGUGGCAUAUACUUCCCGAAGUGGCGAUGGCUCGGCUCGCCGACAACAGCAAAAUCCAACUUCGAGGGAAAACUCAA